ACAGCGUAAAAGCAUGAAAGUGGUGGUUUUCUCCACAAAGGAUUACGAUAAGGAAUCCCUGAUUGCUGCCAAUGAUGAUCUUGCUACUGCCGAUAGACACUCUUUGACAUUCCUGGAAGCUCGUGUGGAAGAGACGACCGCUUCUUUGGCAGAAGGCUACGACGUGGUUUGCUGCUUUGUCAACGAUGAGAUUACCUCCUCAGUGAUCGACACGUGGAAAAAAUCAGGGGUAAAGCUCAUAGCUUUGCGAAGCGCCGGCUGCAAUAACGUGGACCUGGACCAUGUCGUCAAAUGCGGGCUGUCAGUAGUCCACGUGCCCGCGUACUCCCCCCAGGCGGUGGCUGAACAUGCGCUGGCACUCUUACUGACCCUAAAUCGCAAGACACACAAGGUGUACAACCGCGUCCGGGAAGGGAAUUUCUGCUUGGAAGGCGUGACGCCGGGCAUCGUGCUGGCCGGGAAAACGGUGGGCGUCCUCGGGACUGGAAACAUAGGCGAAUGCUUUGUCCGGAUCAUGUUGGGCCUUGGUUGUCAUGUCCUUGGAUAUGACGUGGUGGAGAGUCAUUCGCUUGUUGCCCUCCAAGAAAAAGGCAAAAUUGAAGGUGGGGGCAGCUUUGAAUACAGAUCACUGGACGAAGUGCUUCAGCUUGUGACCCAUUCGACUCUCUUCGCCCUUUCUGGAUACCAGGCUUCGGACGUUAUCUCGCUCCACAUGCCGCUGACGCCGGACACCCAGGGUAUUAUCGGGCCCCGCAAUAUCAAGAAGAUGAAAGAGAACGUGAUUCUUAUCAAUACCUCUCGCGGUGGGUUAGUGGACACCAAGGCUGUCAUUACAGCCUUGAAGAAGAAGCAUAUUGGCGCUCUUGGCCUCGAUACAUACGAAGAGGAAGGAGAUUUCUUCUAUCGAGACCUGUCCCAGGAGGUUGUAUCAGAUGAUCAGCUCAUCCGUCUCAUGACCUUUCCGAAUGUGCUCGUUACCCCCCACCAAGGCUUCUAUACACGUGAGGCUCUUCUGGCCAUUGCCUCUUCCACGAUUACCAGUAUUUCUGAAUUUAGCAGCAUGCCUGGUAAUAGACGUAGCUUUUUGACCACGGCGUUGGUCUUCGUGCUGCUGCCAUACCUCGCAACGAGCUUUUCUCUCGCAGCGCCAUAUCGUAUGCGCUCAAUAAGCACCGGGCCGACGCGUACAGGUACCGUAAGUAGCAUAUCUGCGACCUCGUCUACCACCAGCAGCCCAGUCGAUCAAAUCAUGGGUUUCUUCAACACCGGUGCGAAGGGUAGCGUCACAAACCUCUCCCUUGGGGGCGGAAAAAAAGAAUAUACCGUCGUCAUUACAGGGGCCUCUGGGAUGAUCGGUCGCGCCCUGACCAAAGCGCUUCAAGGUGGUACUAUCGCAGGUAAAUCUGUGAAAGUGGUAGAAAUUUCGCGACGUAGCGGGGCCACCUCGUGGGACCCGGCCACGGGCGCCAUCAAUGCGGCCGCCCUGGAAGGCGCAGAUGCUGUCGUGCACUUGGCGGGCGAGAACGUGGGCUCUGGUUCGAGCGAGUCCUUGACUGGUCGAUUGGGGGCCUGGACAGAGCAAAAAAAGGAGCGUAUCCUCAACAGUCGUCGAGAUGGCACGGCCUUAUUGGUUCGCACUAUCCAAGGGUUGAAAAAUCCCCCCAAAGUCUUCCUUACUGCCAGUGCGGUGGGGUACUAUGGUUUCGACGAGGGAGACCGGGUUUUCGAUGAGACGGGAGCCUUGGGAAAGGGCUUUUUAGCCGAAGUGACACGUGUGUGGGAAGCAGAAGCGGCUAAGCUGCAGGGAAAGCGCGGUAUCCGUGUGGUGAAUGCCCGAUUCGGUGUCGUAUUGAGCAAGGAAGGCGGAAUUAUCAAGAAACUGCUGCCUAUCUUUCAGCUGGGCGGGGGAGGCAUCAUCGGCGACGGCCAACAGUACCUCUCGUGGAUAAGCCUCACUGAUGCCGUGCGUGCCAUCCAAUUUUUGUUAGGGGCAUCCCGGCUGUCAGGACCUGUGAAUGUGGUGGCCCCAGAACCUGCCACGAACGCCGAGUUCACGGCGGCGAUGGGCAAGGCCUUGUUUCGACCAACGAUUCUGCCUUUCCCUGCUCCUGCUGCGCAACUUCUUUUCGGGGAAAUGGGGGACGAGAUGCUUCUUGGCGGUCAGAAGGCCAUCCCGAAGAAGUUGCUGGCGGCAGGUUUCACAUUUGAGGACCCGGACAUCCUUUCAGGGGUGCAGAGCGCGUUGAAAAAUUAAGGGUGCGGCAUGAAAGCAUCGGGGGGUAUAGAAACAGUAGGGAAAACUUACAGCGAAGAUGUGCAGGCGAACAUCUAGCACCCAGAAGCACGCAUGUUAGUAUGUAUGUGUAUUGAGUUAAACCGAUGGCAGUGACGGUAGAAAACAUACGUUUCACACGCCAAGGCCCUCAGUGCAUGUCGAUAGCCCCUCAUGGUCACAGCUGUCUCGCAUUUUUGGGUGGGAAUUGUGUUUUUUUAAAAACCAGUGGGGCCCGUCUGGCCCACUCGUUCAAAGAAUUUUUCUGC